ACCAGAGGAUUUGCCCAAACCACACUGUCUCCCUCUCUCUCCUCUUCCUAUUAAUUUAUAUUAUUAUUCCCAUCAAUCCCAACUACAAAUUCCAUUUCUUUUCAUUAUUAUACACAAACCAGUGGGGAAUAACCAAGAAAAUGUGAACCUUUUUCACCAACAAUACCUUCCCUCUAUUCUUAAUAUUAUUAUUUUUCACAGAUCUCCUUUUUCAUAUUAAUGCUGAACCCAAUUUUCAUUCUUUUCAAUUUCCAUAACUUUGUUUUGUUUUUUAUAAUCAUUUUCUACAAUCUCUUUGAUUUGUGAGUGUUUAGAAAUCUUGAAUCUACUUGGGAUUGAUGUUUGAUGGAUCCAAUUUUAAUCAAUUAGUUAUCUGAUCAUUGUCAAGAUAAGAAUUGAAUUAUAUGGCAAUUCAACAUGGGAUUGUGGAGAAGAGUGAAUCUGAGUUUGGAAAGCUCUUCAUUGGUGGGAUUUCUUGGGAUACUGAUGAGGGUAGAUUGAAAGAGUAUUUUAGUAGCUAUGGUGAAGUGAUUGAGGCUGUGAUCAUGCGAGAUCGGAUAACGGGUCGGGCUCGUGGAUUCGGGUUUGUGGUUUUUGCUGAUCCUGUUGUUGCUGAGAAGGUUGUGUUGGAGAAACAUAUGAUCAAUGGUCGAACGGUUGAAGCAAAGAAGGCUGUCCCAAGGGAAGACUAUAACGGGCUGAACCGAAGCAAUGGUGGUAUUCAAGGGUCACCGGGCCCGGGUGUGCGUACGAAGAAGAUAUUUGUAGGCGGUUUAGCAUCUACGGUAACCGAGAGUGAUUUCAAAAAAUAUUUUGAGCAGUUUGGUGAUAUUACGGAUGUUGUGGUGAUGUAUGAUCACAACACUCAAAGGCCAAGAGGUUUCGGUUUCAUCACAUUUGAUUCGGAAGAAGAAGUUGAUCGCGUGUUAAUCAAGACGUUUCAUGAACUUAAUGGUAAAAUGGUCGAGGUUAAACGGGCGGUCCCAAAAGAGUUAUCACCAGCCCGUAACCAGAGCCCGUUGGUUGGGUUUAACUACGGGUUAACCCGGCCCAACACGUUGGUUACUAGUACCUACCCACAAGGUUAUAGUAUGAGCCCGAAUGGAGGUUAUGGAGUUCGAACCGAUAGUCGGCUUAGUCCGAUUGGUGGGGGACGAACUGGGUUCUCUCCAUUCGGGUCAUCUGGUUAUGGUUCGGGUAUAAAUCUUGAGCCGGAUUUCAGCCCGGGUGCGUUUGGAACCAUCCCUAACAAUAUCGGGUACGGGCGAGUUUUAAGCCCGCAGUUUAAUGGAAACCCAAGUAGGUUUAUUAGCCCUAUUGGAUAUAAUCAAAGCAGCGUCAGAAACGAAUCGUUUAUCGGUUCAUCAACCCGAAACGUGUGGGGCAACAGCGGGCUCACAAGCCCGGGUGGGUCGGGUGCUUAUUUGGGUUCAGGAACUAGUGGUUUUGGAGUAUUUGGAAAUGGGCCCAAUUGGGGUUCAUCUCCUAUACCUACUCAAGGUGGAAUGAGCUCUUCUGGGCCUUUUGGUUAUAAUAAUAGUGGAAGUAUUGGACCCAUAGGGGGCCAUGAAAACAAUAAUGGGCUAGCAAUUGGACGAAACGGGCCUAGUAUAAGCCAUGAAGGGUCUUAUGGUAACUUGUACCGUAGCGGUUCAAUGUACGGUGACCCAAGUUGGCAGUCUUCACCUACUGAUCUAGACGGGCCGGGUCCGGGCCCGGGUUCAUUCAGUUAUGUGCUAGACAAUUCAGAAGAUGUUGGAAACUAUAGCAUUACAAAUAGACAAACUAAUAGUGGGAUUGCUACAUAGAAGUUUUCAAGAUUUACAUACAAGAAGGUAACAAAUAGGAAGAACCCUAGAUAAUCCUAUUUAGUACAAUACAACACAUAGAUUUCAUGAUUUAAAAGGGUAUUUGGUGUCAAGUUUUGUUUCAAUUGACCUUAGGCUUCCGAAAGGACAACGGUUGAUGUGCGUCUUUUGAAUGAGGGUCGUUAAAUUAGACCAAAUAAUUUGCAUUUCUGUUUUGGGUUAUUCGGUUCGGGUUUCAUUUGUUGUCGAGUUGUUGUAACAUCGGGCAAGGUUGCCCUUACUUGAUCUUCGUUUCGACGAUGUAUUUCGAUUUUGAUUACAAAGUGUGAAAGAUUGGAUACUUGAGUUAAUAAGUUUAUUAAAAUAAACAUUUUUAUUUUGUGGUGAUGUAUAAUGAAAUGAAAUAAUAAACAUUUUUAUUUU